AUGGCGACCAUCGACUCUCUCCUCUUCAACAUCUCCUCCUUCAUCGCCGGCCUGUUCCUCCUCGAAUAUGGCGCCGACAAGUUCAUCGACCACACGGCCAUCGUUGCCAAGAGACUCAAUGUCUCGCCCACUCUCGUUGGACUCUUGACCUGCGGCGCCGAAUGGGAAGAGCUCGUCGUGAUCAUUGUCGCUCUGAGCCAAAAGAACUCGAAUAUGGCCCUGGGCAACUUGAUCGGUUCAUCCGUUGCCAACAUUCUCGCAUCCUUCUCGCUGGGAUUGCUCUUCAUGAAGAAGGCCGAGUUCGAUCGCAGCUCCAAGAUCUACUCAACUGCUCUUCUCGGCCUGACAACCAUCUUUUUGCUCCUGCUCAUUGCUCUCAAGGGGUCCUCUUUCCAAUGGUUUGGCGGUAUUCUGCUGAUCGUGGCCUUUGUGGUUUACGUUGUCUCUGUGGCGUCUCUCAUCUACCGAGGCACGCUCACGGCCCCUGAAGACUCGGACAGCGACAGCGACAGCGACAGCAGCGACGAUGACGGCGAUAGUGACAGUGACAGCGACAGCGACGACGACCGAACGAUCAAUGCCAAUGACAGCGACAGGGGGCGCCCCAGCGACGAAGAGCAAGGAUGGACUUCCGACAAGGGCCACCAGCUCAACCUGCUUAAGCCCUCGCCGAACAAGAUGGUCAAGGCCAAAGAAAAGCCCAAGACCGUCAAGGUCAUAAACAAACGCCCCAAGGCAAUGCGCCAGCAUGUCUUCCAACUCGCCCUCGGUCUUGCUGCCUUGCUUGUCUCUAGUUACAUCAUCGCACACAGCGCAUCGACUAUCGGUCACGAGCUGGCGCUGUCCGGCACCGUCGUCGGCACCACGAUUCUUUCGCUGGCCACCACUCUCCCAGAAAAGUUUGUCGCCAUUCUCGGAGGUGCCCGACACCAACCAGGCAUUAUGGUUGCCAAUACUGUCGGCUCCAACAUCUUCCUGGUGACUCUCUGCGGCGGAGUGUUGUUUAUCUGGGGAGAUGCCAGUCAGCUGCAGCUCGGGUUCACUCUUUUCGAAGCCACUGUGAUGUGGCUAUCGGCUGUGGUUAUCUUUGGCAUUGUAAUGAUGGGCGGGAGACGGUGGAUGGGCGUCGUAAUGCUCGUUGGCUAUGUCGCUUUUUUGGCUGUGGAGAUUAUAAGUGGCCGCGAGCUUGACGAUGAAUGAGCAUUCGCGGAAAU